AUGUCUCUCACGCCACGCAGGGCUCGUCACCUCAAGGUCGUGGGGAUCGUUACGAGCAUCGUCAAUGAUGUGUGCGGCACGGACAUGUCCAUCGGCGCCAACUCGGCCACGCACAGGAUCCUGGAGGCCGUCGACAACAUCACGACCAACGCCAGCAGCAAUCAGACGGCGUUCAUCAUUGAGGUGCGGGAGCGG